AUUUCUUGCUCGCUCCUUUUUGGCUCCGUAUUUGGGUUUCAACGCAUCCUCGUCCCCGUCCUCUCUCGAUCUAGGGUUUGGGUGGCGACGACGCAGCAACGGUGCGGUGGCGGCGCCACCGCGUCGGCGAAGAGGAAACCGACGUUCACGAAGGUGGACCAGCUGAAGCCGGCCACACCCUCACUGCCGAGGUCGUCUCCUCCACCACCGUCGUCCACAACGGCCGCGUCACCCCCAGCGGCGGCGGCGGCGGCGGCGGCGGCGGCGGCGGCGGCGGGGGCCAGCUCCGCCCCGCCAGGAUCGCCGAGUGCCUCGUCGGCGACGAGACCGGGUCGAUCCUCUUCACAGCUCGCAAUGACCAGGGUUUGAAUGCUUCACCUGUGUUGAUACCGAAAUGAGCACCCGCGGGAUCGAGUACCUACGGGGAUUUCUGCAAAGGACGUGUGCCGAGUGGCGGCCAACUUGACUUUCAUCGUCGGACCUGAACGCAAUCACUUCAGUGAUCGAGAGGCAGGUCCAUUUAAAUUAGAUGGUUCAGUAUGCAAAUGGGCAUGAUGGAAAGCGAGGAGUCAGAAAACAGUGACGAAUCGAGGAAGUUACUUCGUCGAUCGCAACGAAUGCACCUAUAAAGGAUGGAAGACAGCUACGGGGCAAGGGAUCCCUGCUUAUACCUCGCAUCCGAGGAAUAGGAGUAACAGCAACCAGUUCAUAGUUCAGGUAAGUUCUAUGCAUUUUUACCUAAAAUCAAUGAGAUGAGCGUCAACAAAGAGAACUCUCCAUGCUAGGAAAGAUGGUGAAUAACUCGCUCGGAGUUCUAUUCCAGAACCAAGCAAAUACACCCACACUUUGAGACUUGUUUGGACUCGUGCAGUAUGAACGCGUAAACAUCUUAUUUAUCGUCUCGCCACUA